UUGGAAUUUAAGUCUAGUUUUCUAUCCCCACUUCCCUGUUUCCUAAUCGUAUAUAACAUGUAUGGUAGCAGGUUGAGUUAGAGGGUUUCUAUAAGCCUGGGUUAAUGGUCUGUAGCCACUAGUGGGAAGCUAGGAAGGAUGAGUGGUCAGGACCUAGUCACUUUGAAUGUGGGAGGGAAGAUAUUCACAACGAGGCUCUCUACCCUCAAGCAAUUCCCUGCCUCUCGGUUGGCAGGCAUGUUAGAUGGCAGAGACCAAGAGUUCAAGACAGUUGAUGGCCAGGUUUUUGUGGAUCGAGAUGGGGCUUUAUUUAGUUUCAUUUUAGAUUUUUUGAGAAAUCAUGAGCUUCUGUUACCCUCGGACUUUUCAGACCAUCAUAGGCUUCAGAGAGAGGCUCUCUUCUAUGGACUUGAUUCUCUUGUGGAUCUCGUAAGCCAAUUCCUGCUCCAAUCAAAAUCUGCUAUCGUGGAGGUGCAUUUCCUAAACCAAAAUACUCAAGCCUUCUUCAGAGUGUUUGGCUCUUGCAGCAAAACAAUCGAGAUGCUAAGUAGGAGGAUUACAAUGUUUGUAGAGCGGCCUACAGCGCUGACCAGGAACAGUGACUCCCCUCUGGUUUUACCUCCACAAAGACCUUCUCACCACGAUCUGCUUUUCCACUGUGGCUCGGAUGGCACAGCUGAGAACCACGCUGGAGUCAGGUACAUUUCCAUAAAGCCUGAUAAUCGAAAAUUGGCCAAUGGAACAAAUGUUUUGGGCCUACUGGUGGACACUUUAUUAAAGGAAGGCUUUCAUCUGGUCAGCACUGGAACACCAACCUCUGGAGAGACAAGUGAAUGUUAUGUCUUUCAAAGGAUCAAAAGUCCUCAAGUCCUUGGGCUGAGUAAAACACCCAACUCAGAAACUACCACCAUGCCAGCGCCAUCUCAGAAGUGACACUGGUCUUUGGAAAUUCCAUAUCGGGG